AUGCAAAUAAAUUUUAAGGGUAUUUACAAUAUAAUUCUCAUUUUUAUUUUCAAAGAUUGCUCAACUAUUCAAAAAAUAUUUUGCCUCGUUUUAACAUUAUUCUUUUUAGAUGGUUGCGAAUAUAAAUGGCUAUACCGCGGAAUUAUUUUUCUCUCAAAUAUUAUUUAUUGCAUUCUUUAAUCUAUAUUUGAUUAAAAAUAAUAUACUAAAAUGAUAUUAAUUACUUUAUAACCACAUUAUAAAAAUAAAUAUAUAUUUAAAAUAUUGUUGAUUAUUUACAGAAUUUAUAAAUAACAAAUUAAAAAAAGUUCAAUAUAAAACCAUGAAAAUUAGUAAAUAUUUAUUUAAUGCUUAAAGUAACCUAUUUAAAAAGAAUUUUAUCUAAUAUUCAGUAAAUUUACUUAAAGUUUUAGGUAUCGAAAAACAAAUUAUGAAUUAAUUGUUUUCAUCACUUAUAUUAUUUAUAUCCAUAAUUACAUAGUUAACAUUACAUUUACUAGUAGGUAAUCAUGUAUAAUUCAACUUCAUUAGAACUAAAAUAAUCCUUACUUUUUUUCUGAAACUCAACCAUAAAAUAGGCUCUAUAAAAUAAAGCUGAAGAUAAAUUACUUAUUUACUCUUCGGUUCAAUAGGAAGUAUAAAUCUCAGUAAAAAAUGAAAAAUUAAUUUAAAAAAAUUAUAAACCUACAGUCUUAGCAUAAAAAUUAAAAAUAAUAUAUAAAAGUAAAUCUAUAUUAAUAAUUCAUCAAGAAAGUUUUUUAUCCUAUUUUAUUUACUCUUUAAUCUAUUAAUAAAGAGUAUAGUCUUAUUGAACUCUAUAAUAAUGUUAUUACAAAAGAGAAGAAUUUGAUAUUGAAGAAAAGAAAAUCUUAAUUAAGACUUUAACUAAGAUUUGAAGUUUUUUUCAUAGAAGAGGAUGAUUGUUAGUUCACAUGUUAAUUUAAUCUUCUGAAAAUACUUAUUAAUGUAUUAUUGAUAAUUCGUUCCAUUAAUAUUUCAGGAUAUUUUUCUCUUUUCAAAUAAAACCAUUCUUGUUAUACCAAAACAUAAGUGCAUGAUUUAUCAUAUCAUUUUGCUUAAGCUAAAUUUUUAUUUUGCCAUAUCAGAGCAAUCAAUUUGAAUAUAAUACCCAGUUUUAGAGUGUAAGUUUCAAAAUAUUCACAGAUGAGAAUUAUCCUCAAUAGAUUAAACUCAACUAUUAACCUUAACAAAAUAAUCCACAAAAUGUAACUUGAUUAAAUAAUCUAUCAAAUUAAGAAUUGCUGGAAAGCUAACAUUUAAUCAUUUUUAUAAUAAAUUCCUUUCAAAAAUUUUCCCCCUUACCUUAUUUAAAAAACCCAUCUUUUCCUAAAUAAUUAUGAUUAAAAAAUAUUCCCAUCCCAUAGUUAACUUUGA